CGCCGGAUUUGGUUAGUGGAGUCGUCGCUCACUGACUGCGUCGUCAUGGCGCUGAAGCCCGAGUCCGCUCAUGAAAAAGGAGCUUUCAGAAUGGAACUGACUGACAUGAUUCGAGGCCAUACAGUUGAGAAAUGUCUGGUUGAGAAGCCAGCUGCCCGCCCCACCGCACCACCCAUCCCGGUGGUUCCCAGCUGUCUCCGGACCUGGGCUGCUCCCGUGGGUCACUUUUCAAUAUCCAGCCCUCUUUUAAGGGAGACUGAGGACCUGUGAGGUCAGACCUGCCCCUCCCCCCUGCUCAGACGGUGAGAGGUGCCCCAGCCACACACAGGGCACGUAGAACCUCACAUCUAACUGCAGUGAGCACCUAAGUUCCCUGGAAAGAAGAGGUCGGCUUUCACUGCCCGCUUCGGAGGUGUUUCCAAACAGGACAUUCGUCAGCAGAUUUGGGACUACAUGGAAUCACAAAAUUUAGCUGAUUUUCCCCGGCCUGUUCAUCACAGGAUUCCCAACUUCAAGGGGGCCUCCCGUGCUGCCGAGCAUUUCCCACGCUUGCAGGCGUUCAAAGUGGCCAGAACUAUUAAAGUCAAUCCUGAUGCUCCCCAGACCAAUGCUCGCUUCUUCGUCCUCGACAGCAAAAAAACAUUGUUGGUCCCAACACCACGACUGAGAACGGGGUUAUUUAAUAAGAUCACACCACCUCCCGGGGCAACGAAAGACAUCUUGAGAAAAUGUGCCACCUCUCAGGGCGUGAGGAGCUACAGCACUCCCGUGGGCUUGGAUUCCAGGGUCCUUGUGGACUUGGUUGUGGUGGGGUCCGUUGCUGUUUCUGAAAAAGGCUGGAGAAUCGGGAAGGGAGAAGGUUACGCUGAUCUGGAAUAUGCCAUGAUGGUGUCGAUGGGAGCGGUCAGCCAGGGGACGCCUGUGGUCACCAUCGUCCAUGACUGCCAGGUCGUCGACGUACCUGAAGCGCUGCUCGAGGACCACGACCUAACAGUGGACUACAUUCUCACUCCGACGAGAGUCAUUGCCACGGGGUGUGAGCGCCCGAAGCCGACGGGAAUCAUAUGGUCCAAGAUCAGCUCUGAGGUGAUGGGGAAAAUCCCCAUACUCAGAAGCCUUCGUUGCCGAGAGAGGCAGGCUGGGAGAGAUGUCACCCUUCAGGACGAGCCCCGGCACCUUCUGGGAACCAGCAGCCAGCAGCCACCUCCCCUGAGUACUGUCAGAAGACACCAGGACCCACAGCAGCCAGAAUCCUGUUCCGGGCAGGGGGAGGAUGGGCCUUCUAACACCGUUUUCAUCGGGAACCUUCCGCGGGGCACCCGAGUGAGUGAGCUGAAGAGAGCCCUCCGAGAACUGGGCACGGUUCCCCAGAGGCUCACGUGGCAGGGGCCACAGCGCAGGGCCUUCCUCCACUACGAGGCCCCCAUCUCAGCCCAGCAGGCUGUCUCCUGCUUGCAGGGCCUGCGUCUGGGUGCUGCCACCUUGAAGGUGGCGCUGGCCAGGCCGCAGAGGGCCGGAGACAUGACAGGCAGCUGUGCGGAGGAACCAUGCCCUGACCGUCCCUCAGCUGUCUCCGACCUGUGAUGUGCUGCCCUGGGCCCUGUGGAACUUAAGGAGCCUGUGCAGCGGGGCUCAGAGCGUUGCCGCGUGAGCCAUUUUGUGGCCGGUCCUUUCCAGGACGUGCCAGCCUUCUGUUACUGCCUGGGGCCUGCUGGUGAGAAGGAAGGUAGCCAUCGCGCGCUGCCGACUUGUCCAGGCCCGGCUCUGUCUGUGCUUCAGCCUGCCUGCUGGGUAUUAGAGCCGCGCUGGUCUCUCUGGGAGCUCAGAGGCCGCGGGGAGCGCAGUGAGUGACGAGCAAGCGGGGGUAGAUGUUGGCCACGGUUAGGAGCGCCUGUGCUCUGGCUUUGGGAGGGGGAGCUCAGGGAGCAGGCGCCAGCAGGGAUCAGGUCUGAGCACGCCCAGCUGUCCUUGGAGCCUCGGUCUGGUGUAACUGCAGGGGGAGAGCUCUGUUCAUACUGCAGAAUCCAAGUUCCCUGGGUGCAAACUGCUGGUCACAGCUCAGUGCUAGUGUCAGCGAUGGAGAGCCAGUGUGAUGUGCGGGUGGCGGGCAGCUCCCCUCCAGGCCCUCCUCACUCCCCAGCCUCCUGCUGUCUCUGCGUGCACUCCCCGCUCCGCGCGAUCUCGUAGGAGACCCUGGUCAUGGAGAGAGCUGUCCCGGCCUUCCUCACAGGCAGGGACAGAAGCGCUCACACCUGUUUGACCAGGGCCUGAGGUUUCUUGGGGUUUCCCUCCAGGUCUCUGUUCCUAAAAAACAAAACUGGAUUUUUGAUUUUUAAUUUUUGAUUUUUGAACGACGCUUUCUUAACAAGUGAUUUUGCAGUUGAUACAGGACCAAAAGUCAAAUGAAGCAUUUAAGUGGCAAAAUUUUAAUUUUUUUUACCAGAGGGUCUUACUGAGCAUGUUUUAAGCACAGUCAUAGCUCAAGGGGGUAUGCCUUGCUCAUACUUUCAAUAAAACCUCAGAGUACUGUC